CAGAACUACAAUUUAACCUUAAAGUCCUCAGAUCAACUACAAUGAAGUUUCUGGGAAUCUUUAUAGCAACUUGUUUAUUCCUUAUGGCUGAUGCCAUGGAGGAAAAGUCGAUUGACGAACUAAUGAUGGAUUCCUGCAAUGACAGUUUGAGUUUUGAUCUAAUGUCCAGUGGAUCAGCUGAGAACCUCUUCUCCAACGAGAACCCAAUCGUCAGAGUAGAAUACGAUAUAUUGAUGACAUUAGACGAUUAUAUCCAGCAAAAUAAAGAAAGAAUGGCACAAGAUAAAAUGGGAAGUAGAAAGAAGAGGAAGGCGGCGCGAGACGAACGGAGAAGAUGGACAAAUAAAAUAGUUCCUUAUGAAAUUGCACCAAACACAUUUUCUCAGGCGGAACUGGAUCAGAUUAACCUCGCUAUCGGGGACUGGAACCGAGAGACGUGUGUCGUUUUCCGACCGAGAAGAGAGGAAUCCCGAGCCGUCAGAUUCCAGAAUGGCGAUGGGUGUUCGUCUUUUGUGGGGAUGGCUGGGAAUGUUCAGCCGAUCAGCUUGGCCAGGGGAUGUCGUAUAAGGAGGAUUGUGAUCCACGAAAUUGGACACGCUGUUGGAUUCCAACACGAACAAUCCAGAUCGGACCGGGACGGGUUUGUCCGGAUCAUCGAGGCAAAUAUUCCUCAGGCGGUACUCUUCAACUUCGAAAGUCUUCCCACGAACCAAGUUAAUAAUUUUGGAGUACCUUAUGAUUACAGAAGCGUGAUGCACUACGGAGCCAGGGCUUUUUCAACUAACGGUGGAAUAACAGUACGGACACUAGACUCCAGUUUCCAAGAUAUCAUCGGUAGAGCACCCGGACUCAGCUUCAGAGACAUCAAGCUUGCCAAUUUAAUGUAUAACUGUGCAGAGAACUGCCCUGCCAAGAGUUGUCCGGGAGAAGGUUUUGUCGGCAAGGAUUGUUCCUGUAAAUGUCCCACCAACAACCCCAGCAGCCCGGUCCAGAACUGUGAGGGCACCGCCCUGGUCACCACCACCUCCGUCCCCACGAUCAGGACGAUCAGUCCGACCACCACCCCCAGAGUAGGCUGUAGGGAUCAACACCGUUACUGUCGCUUCUGGGCCAGUACGGGAGAAUGUACCAGUAGAAGGGGUAGUGGGUUCAUGGCGUUAUACUGUAAAAAUGCGUGCGGCUUGUGUAAUGUCGAGAAUACUUGCCAGGACUUUGGACGGUCGUGUGAUUUUUGGGCACGUAUGGGUUACUGCCAGAUGACCUUUGUGUCUUACAUGUCGAGAAACUGUAGAGCCACCUGUAAUUUCUGCAGAGCUGGAGAAUUGCUCAAUCCCGAUGGAACACCUCUAAACAGCAAAGCGUCAAAUCUUGGAUCCACCAACAUGCUCAUCAUGAUCCUCGCCUUCAUAGUUUGGAGUCUUCUAUAAAAGAAGCCUUACGCUUUCUGAGUGCAUCAUUUUAAUCGACUUCAUUGGGACGUUUAAAAUGUACUUGCUUUAUACAUGUACGAGGGUUGUCCCAAAAUUUCGUAGACAAGCGUUGUUUUGUAGGAACCCUAUAUCAUACACUAAUGAAACUUCGUAUAUAGAUUAAACCAACACUAUCUAAUAAAUUUAUGGACAAAUAUGGAGUAACUACACAAAUUAUUCCAAUUUAUAAGACACAUUUCAUUGUCUGGUGUAGGUAGGCGGCGCAAUACCCAAGAGUUGCAAUUAAAAUUUGGAACAUUGUAUUUAAAAUCCUACCGAAAAGUAAUUACUUCCCUGUAUUUAUUUCAAUGGAAAUAAAAAUUCUUAAUACUGUUCUCUAAACUACAUUUUCCCAAAUUUUGUUAUUUAUGCUUUGAUAGAUAUGAUUUUUAUAACGUUUUAUAUACAUGAGGUUGAAAUCCUACUUUCUGAAAAAUGGCGGCUGCAUUGGCACAAG